CAACGAACCAGCCGGCCCGCUCGGGUUACACCCGCGACUGUGCCAUCUGCCGCUGUAUCCAGAAAGGGAUGGAUGGUAUUCUGUUCUUGGUCAAUCGAUUGGCACUAGUGAUAAUCCCGAGACUGUCCAUGCGGUAAAGGAAGCAAACCCAGAAAAUAACGUCACUAUCGGGGGUGCCCCCGUGAACCCUUCAAGGGAUGCCCGCCUCGAUCUCCAGCGCAUUUUCUGCCAAUACUACAAGUGCUCUGGCGCAAGGUUAGCAAUCUCUCUUUAUCAUACACUCUACUCCCAUCCAAUAAAUGGCACUAACAAGUAUGGCCCCGGUCCUGCAGCGGUCCUCACACUUGCGCCCCAGGCAGAUUUACCUGCGAGGUUCCGAAUUGUUCAUGGUCUAGGACCUUCAAGACGAAGCAAGCCUUCAACCGUCACUACCACGCAAUGCAAGGCAAUGACCGUGUGGAUUGUCCGGUCGAAGGGUGUGAGAACGUUGGAGCUCGCGGGAUUGAGCGGGCGGAUAAUCUCCUUGCUCACUUGUUGAACAAGCAUGGUAUUUCCAAUUCUAGGCCACCGUAUGGGAAUUAGGUCCGGUGGUGGUAGGAAAAUUGGUAUCACUUGGUGCUGUAACCGCCUGAUGUGUUAGUCCCAAGUCUGAGAUAUCCUCUCUCCCACAAUGGCAUUUGUGCCCCCUUGGCCUUAUCCUAUUUCCUGUCUGGUCUCUCCAUUCUGCGCUCAUACACCGCUCAAUAUGUCUUCUCAUCUUUUCUCAUCUUAUAUCUUUUAGCCCCCAACAUUUGUCUGUUUUGUCAUCCGACCGUGCACCCGUCUU